AUGGAUAUCAAGGAAGGGGAUAUGAUAGACAGGGGCACCCAUGCCAGUGGGGUGGUUGUGCAAGUCAGAGAGAAGAAGGGAACACUGAGGGCUGCCAUCCCCUACAUGCCCUUCCCUGUAGCUGUCAUCUGCCUCUUCCUCAAUACGUUUGUGCCAGGGCUAGGUACUUUUGUGUCGGCUUUCACAGUGUUAUGUGGUGCAAGGACGGACCUCCCUGACCGGCACAUGUGUUGUGUGUUCUGGCUGAAUAUUGCAGCAGCUCUGAUACAAAUCCUCACAGCCAUAGUGAUGGUGGGAUGGAUCAUGAGCAUAUUUUGGGGAAUGGAUAUGGUGAUUAUGGCAAGUAAGUGGAAACUUUAUCAUUUUAUUAUUAUAAUAUUAAGGACACCUCAUCCUAAAACCAAGCUGGCUUAG